CGCAGUCCACAUUUCAUUUCUACAGAGGAACAAACGCUCAACACUGAGCCUGCAACAUUUUCAACCGAGCUCUGGAAUCCAAAGCAGCGGCGCAGGACGCGUCCCGCUCUCCGGGAUCUUUUCUUCUUCUCCAUUCCCAGCAGGACUUUGUUUGCUCCCCUUUAUUGUCCAAGGACGUCUCCUCACUCACACAGACACAGAUAUAUCUCACAUAGAGGAUACAAGUCAUUUACAGUAGCAUAAUCCUGGAAGAUGGGUUCAUUCCCAGCGAUAUCUGCCCUCGUUCUGGGUAUUGUGGUUCCUGUGCUGUCCGGAUACAUCGAGGCAUUAGCAGCCAAUGCGGGCACGGGGUUUGCCGUGGCUGAGCCACAGGUGGCGAUGUUCUGCGGAAAGCUCAACAUGCACGUGAACAUCCAGACCGGCCGCUGGGAACCAGACCCAUCCGGAACAAAGAGCUGCGUAGGAACCAAAGAGGGUGUGUGGCAGUACUGCCAGGAGAUGUAUCCCGAGCUCCAGAUUACAAACGUGGUGGAGGCCAAUCAGCCAAUCCGUAUUGAGAACUGGUGCAAGAAGGAGAAGAAGGUGUGCAAAGGCCACGCCCACAUUGUGGUGCCUUACAAAUGCUUAGUGGGAGAGUUCGUGAGCGACGUACUCCUGGUUCCGGAGAAGUGCAAGUUCUUCCACAAGGAGCGCAUGGACAUGUGCGUCAGCCACCAGCAGUGGCACGGCGUGGCCAAAGAGGCUUGUGCCAAGAGCUCCAUGGUGCUGCACACCUACGGCAUGCUGCUGCCCUGCGGCAUCGACAAGUUCCACGGCACCGAGUACGUGUGCUGCCCGUCCUCGCACGCCGAGGACGCCGCCCCACCUCCCCUGCCCUCGCAGGAGGACGACGAAGAGGAGGAGAUAGAGGAUGAGGAGAUUGACGACCUGGAGGAGGAGGAGGAGGAGGAGGACGCUGUGGAGAACAGUGAAACACCAACCGAGGAGCAGCCCACGCAGAAGGAAGAGCCACUGGACGAGGAUGAGGAUGAUGAGGAGGAGGAAGAUGAGGAGGAGUACCACUACGUCUACGAGGACGAGGAGGCGGAUAAGGAGGACGAGGACGAGAAGAAGGAAAGCGGCAGGAUGUCGGAGAGCCAAGACGAGGACAAGACUCUGCAGGAAGUGAAAGCGGUGUGCACCCUGGAGGCCGAGACCGGCCCCUGCCGUGCCUCCAAGCCCCGCUGGCACUUCGACAUGAGCCAGCGCAAGUGUGUGCGCUUCAUAUACGGGGGCUGCGGCGGCAACCGCAACAAUUUCGACUCAGAGGAAUACUGCAUGGCCGUGUGCAAGCGCCUGAUCGUGCCCCCGACACCUCAGCCCACCGAUGAUGUGGACAUCUACUUUGAGACUCCAGCUGAUGACAAGGAGCACAGUCGCUUCCAGAGGGCCAAGGAGCAGCUGGAGAUAAGGCACCGUAAUCGCAUGGAGAGGGUAAGAAGGGAGUGGGAGGAGGCUGAUCUUCAGGCUAAGAACCUGCCCAAAGCCGAGAGGCAGACACUGAUCCAGCACUUCCAAGCCAUGGUGGAGUCCCUGGAGGAGGAGGCAGCCAGUGAGAAGCAGCAGCUGGUCGAGACUCACCUCGCCCGGGUGGAGGCCAUGCUGAAUGACCGCCGCCGGCUGGCCUUGGAGAACUACCUGGCUGCCCUGCAGGCCGACCCCCCCAGGCCUCACCGCAUCCUGCAGGCCCUGAGACGAUACGUCCGUGCUGAGAACAAGGACCGGCAGCACACCAUCCGACACUACCAGCACGUCCUGGCUGUGGAUCCCGAGAAGGCUGCUCAGAUGAAGUCACAGGUGAUGACCCACCUGCGUGUGAUCGAGGAGAGGAUGAACCAGAGUCUCUGUCUGCUCUACAAAGUUCCAUAUGUGGCCGAGGAGAUUCAGGAUGAAAUCGACGAGCUGCUCCAGGAGCAGAAAGCCGACUUGGAUCUCUUCCUGACGUCCAUCUCUGAAUCGCAGCCAGAUGUCACCAUGUCCUCAGAGGAGAGCGUGGAAGUCCCCGUGUCCGAGGGCAAACCCUACCGGCCCUUCCAGGUCUCAUCUUUGGGGUCGCGCUCAGAGCCGGAGGGCGAUUUUUCAGACUCCCCACGUGCCUUCAAGAAAGGCUCUGCCAUGUCUGGUUUGGACGGCCUGAUCGGCGCCGAGGAGAGGAUCAUCAACAGCAAACCCAAGAUCAGCAACAACGUGGUGAUUGAUGAGUCUCUGGAUGUUAAAGAAGAGGUUUACAGUGCAGAUAUAGCCUACGUUAUGCAUGAUGAUGACCUGGGGACCUACCGUCCUCUGGGAGAGGAUUUCAGCUUCGGGAGCAGUGCACUGAUCGGCUUGCUGGUGAUUGCAGUGGCCAUAGCAACAGUGAUUGUGAUCAGUCUGGUGCUCUUGAGGAAGAGGCAAUACGGCACCAUCAGCCACGGCAUCGUUGAGGUUGACCCCAUGCUGACACCAGAGGAACGUCACCUCAACAAGAUGCAGAACCACGGCUACGAAAACCCCACUUACAAAUAUCUGGAGCAGAUGCAGAUCUAACCGGCACAGUGGAGGACGGCUACCGCGGGGAACAUACUACUGACCAAUAACACAUGAUGCUGUUGUUUCAAUUAUUUGCAUACAUCCAAACUCCAUUUACUGGUUUGUUGACAACAAUCCUUACAUAAUGCUACUACUUCUACUACUGCUACUAUUGUACUAUAGAGCUCUUUUUGAUCAUGUUUCUUUUUUGAAAGGGUGAUGUACCUGCCAUUUAUUUUACAUUUCAUGUGAUUCUGCGGAUCUCUCUGUAAUUAUCAGUACAACGCUCUCAGAUCAAGGUGUAUAACAUUUCUUCAGAUAUUUUGUUUUAUUUCUUAAAGUGAACGGCAAGUUAGAAUUUAAAAGUGGUUCUGAGUAGUCAUCAUCAAACCGGCCCACCAGGCACUACACUUUUUUCCCAUCAUUCAAGUGUCACGCGAGCAGUUUCUGAUGGUUUCCUCAAAAAUACUUGGUGUUUUAUUUUGUUCUCUUUUUUUUUUCUCCUCUCGAUAGAUUGCUUGUAUAUGAAGGUUCUUUGUACCGAUUAAAAUGUAUAGUGAAACGACAAAUGAGAAAAAAAAAAUGAAAUCAUGAAUUAUUUACUUUCUGUUCUUUGUUACGAUAACUGACAAAAAUAUACAUAUACAGUUGAAAUAUAUAAAUAUAUAUACAUAUGAGAGUAGGUGUUUUUAAGUCCACUUAUUUUCCCCCGGGGGAAGAGUUUGAUUAGGGUUCUCGGCUCGGCGUUCACGAGUUGUGUUUGCAGGCGCGUGGUGAGGAAGAGUCGGCGAAGGUGAAGGCGUGCACAGGCCCCCAGCUCAAACACAUCGCACAGAACCCACUGUGAACUGGUAAAAAGUGAGAGUGACAACUUAUGCCCUCAUACACACACAAACACAGGCUGAUAUUAAUGAGGAAACGGAUCAGUACAAUAAGAAUUUGCGUUUGAUAUCUGUGCUACAUAGUUGAAUGUAUUGCGGAAGCUUCUUUUUCCCAAACUAUAUAUAUGUGUCCGACAGGCUCCCUCAUGGCUUCCGUUUUAAUUCAGCGUCACAUAUGUUGUGAUCAUGAAACGCCAUGAAACUGACAAGAUAUGUGUUUUCCAGGGUGGGAGUUUUCCUUUUUUUUUUUUUUGUACAAAUUAUCAACAGCAAAACUAAUUAAUUGAAGAAAAAAAAAUGGUAAUGUCUACACACGUUAUUGGAGCAGCUGUUAGCUUUGCUGGUCAUGAAGCGUGAAACGGUGUGAUGCAGCUGCUGUUGAAAUGAUGUUGAAAUACAAGCAAGUUUGUUGAAUUUAGGGGCGCUGCAGUACAAAAAUGGGGUCACGGCAAUUGGUUAACACUGGAUGAAGUGAUUUCCUGAAUCUGAAUACUCCAAAAAUUCAGGGGGAUUGCUGAAGUUAUAUAUGGAGAUUUGUUUGAAAAACUAAUUUUCAAUCCCGAUUUUGGGGUUCAGGUUCACAGAAAGGCCUGGGAUCAAAGCCACCUGUAGAUAAUGUGGAGCUGGAGGGUUGUGCAGGCAGACCGAGAAAGACUAGGCUUGAAGAGCUGGUUUCUGAAAAACAAAUAAAAAAAAGCUAACUUGUUUAAAUUUCCAGGUAGAGAAUGACACAAAAGUAAAGUGAAUCCUAGAGUCCUCUCUCUUUCUCUCUUAGUAUUUGUCUUUGUAUGCCUGUAUAGUUGAUGUUGCAAUCAUGGCUUUUUUUCUGGAAGAUUACCUGUGGUGUGCAUUGUUCUUAUAUGAAAUGAUAUGAUAUAUAUUUUUAAGUUUGUUUUCUUGUUUUCUAUUUUUUUUCUCUUCUUCUUCUUCCUGUGACAGUAUCUCUGUAUGUGACUGUCUCACUAUGCACCCAAACGGCUUCAAUCUUGUAAUUGCCUGCUUGAUUGUGGGAUUGGGACUGGGAACUAAUAUAAUAUAAACAAUAGUGAUUUUUAAAAAAAGAAAAAGUGAUUGACACCAAUGGAAACAGAUUCAUGGUUGCAGGGGGGAUACACAUCAAUAAAUUCACAACUUUCA